AUGGAAAUUGAGUGUAUGGUCUGGCCGUCGCACUCGCCAGAUUUAGAUCCAAUUGAGAAUCUCUGGUCGCUUCUGAAGGCAGAAAUCUAUAAGCUGCGGCCUGAUCUGAUUCACAUGAAGAACAAUGAUACUACAAAGCAAAUUUUGGUGGAAACCGCGCAGAUUGCCUGGCAGAAUAUCGAUAUUAAACAUCUAGGGCACCUCACUGAGACCAUGCCGAAUCGUGUGCAGGCUAUUAUUGACUCUGAUGGCUGGUAUACUGCCUACUAG